AGGAAAAUCCGCACGACGAUGCCACACAGCAGUUCAGUUCAAUGCGAAAUUGUGAAUGAGCCAGACGGCGAAUAGCUUACGUGCCGAAGCGCCAAGACUCUUGUGUGCGGAAUAUCGCGAAGUAUUAUUCGUAAUAGGCACAAAUGAAAUGUGGAUGUGUUUUAUGUUGAACACUUAACUGGAGCCACAACCUUGGGCAAGCAAGCCGAAAGAAACGGCCAAGCGUAGUUGGCAAUUGACAAUUGGCAGCGGAAGGAUAGUGGCUAAAAGCUAAUUGACCGCAACAAGAUCAAGAUUUAUGCGCGCGUGCGAUUCGUGAAACGUGGCCAAAAAAUAAUAAAAAUAAAACGAAAAUAUCAAAAACGGUGUCAAAUCGAGUGUCGCUGUAAACAAGGUUAACAAUUAAUUGGCCAACUCGCGUGUGCAUCGCGCAGAGAAGAAUGUGCAGACAGCCGACAGACAGACUGUGAGCUGCAGCUCGUCAAAAGCCUCGAUAAGAAGAAGACAAACCGCGCGGCAACGAGUGAAAUUUUUGCUUGCCAAAAAAUUUACAAAACUCAAGUGCAAUUCACAAGUGGUUCGCGCAAAUUGGCGGCACUUGUUUCACACUUUGCAACUCAAGCCCAAUUGCAAUUGCAAGCCAAGCGCCAAACACACAUCGAAUUGCAAUUGCAAUUUGAAUUCAUGCCCCGGCAAAUAGUUGACAACAGCACUCUGUACGACAUGGCUCAUGCCUAAGCUGGGCCACACACACGCACACACACAAGCAAGAGGGAGCAUGUUGCAUCUGAGGCUUUUCGAUAGCUCGUUCUAUUAUACGCUGGCCUCCGUGUCGUCGGGCAUGCUGCCACCCCCUCAGGCGACCAAUGGCAGCCAGUUGACGCUGAAUGGCACAACAGUCGCGGCGCCCGGUGUGGAGGCUGCAGUUAAUCUGACAUAUUUUACACCUGCGAACUCACACGUGAUGCUGGCGCCGACGCCAACGACCGCCAGUGCCGCCCAGACGACAGCGGCGACAAUGGCAGCAGCAGCAACGACGGCAACAGCAACGACAACAGCAGCAACAGCAGCAACAACAUCGCCCGGCAGCGAUUUCCAGGCAGCAGCAGCAGCCGGCGACAACGCGACGACGCCAUAUGCGGGCGAAUUGGACAACUUGAAUUCGUUCUACUUUUACGAGACGGAACAAUUCGCUGUACUCUGGAUACUCUUCACCAUCAUUGUGCUAGGCAAUUCGGCGGUUUUGUUCGUGAUGUUCAUCAACAAGAAUCGCAAAUCGCGCAUGAACUACUUCAUCAAGCAGCUGGCAUUGGCAGAUCUGUGCGUUGGGCUGCUCAAUGUGCUGACUGAUAUUAUUUGGCGCAUCACCAUCUCGUGGCGUGCCGGAAAUGUGGCCUGUAAGGUCAUCCGCUUCUCGCAGGUGUGCGUCACCUAUUCCUCCACUUAUGUGCUCGUGGCCAUGAGCAUUGACAGAUACGAUGCAAUAACACAUCCCAUGAACUUUUCAAAGUCGUGGAAACGCGCUCGUCACCUGGUUGCAGGCGCUUGGGUAGUCUCCGCGCUCUUCUCCCUACCCAUCCUGGUGCUCUAUGAGGAGAAGCUCAUACAGGGCCAUCCGCAGUGCUGGAUCGAGCUGGGCUCGCCAAUGGCCUGGCAGAUUUAUAUGUGUCUGGUGUCGGCCACGCUGUUUGCUGUGCCCGCCCUGAUAAUCUCCGCCUGCUAUGCGAUUAUUGUGAAGACCAUAUGGGCCAAAGGCUCCAUCUUCGUGCCGACAGACCGUGCAGGUUUCGGUGGGGCGGCAACGCGACGCGCCAGCUCCCGGGGCAUCAUACCACGGGCCAAGGUCAAGACCGUGAAGAUGACGCUGACGAUUGUGUUUGUGUUCAUCAUCUGCUGGUCGCCGUACAUAAUAUUCGAUCUGCUGCAAGUCUUUGGCCAGAUACCGCACUCGCAGACCAACAUUGCCAUCGCCACAUUCAUUCAGAGUCUCGCACCGCUCAAUUCGGCGGCGAAUCCACUUAUCUACUGCCUGUUCUCCUCGCAGGUAUUCCGCACGCUCAGCCGCUUUCCGCCCUUCAAGUGGCUGACCUGCUGCUGCAAAUCGUAUCGCAACAACUCGCAGCAGAACCGCUGCCACACGGUGGGCCGUCGCCUGCACAACAGCUGUGAUUCCAUGCGCACCCUGACCACAUCUCUGACGGUCUCCAGACGCUCCACCAACAAGGCGAACGCCCGGGUCAUCAUCUGCGAGCGGCCCAACAAGGUAAUCACUGUGGCUGCCAUGUCGGAGGUAUGAUAGCUGGCGCACUCGACCCGCAGGCGUUCAACGCUUGCGGUCCGUGGGCCGACGUCCUUCAGCGAUGCGGAGUUCCUUUAAGUGAGGUGUACGGCCGCACCGCCCCGCCCCGCCCCCCAAUUAGCAGGCUCUACGAGGCUUAGACAAUAAGUGCGAUAGUUGUGUAUGCAUAGCGCGAGCCCAAAUCGAAUAUCGAAUACGCAGACACAUGUACAUAUAUAUACACAAAUAUAUAUAUAUAAGUAGAUGUAUGUCUAUGUGUGCUACGAAUUCAGUGCGUGUAUUUCCCAUUGCAAUUUAUCUAUUAAGUAUUUAUGCAGCUAGCUCGUAACCAUUACCGUACCGUAAUUUUAAACUCUAUUUUAACUGAAUUAAGGUUUGUGGCAUCACAAAGCGCUUGGGCGUGUUUUUUUUUUAUAAUUUAUAUGAAAAGCUCUCUCGUUUUCGCCCAAGGACAAGUGAUGUUAUUUUAUUGUAGAGCAAGUAAAUAAAACACUCCUACUCGUAUU